AUGACUGACGACAAGCCAGUCGUGGAACAAAUACAUGAGUACGAGAACCUGGUGGCAAACGUCCUGUCUGAAGGCAUGAAGAUGUGCGAAAUACUUCAAGCAAAUGUCCUGCUGGAAAAGUUUCCUUCAUCCUGGAAUGACUACCGUAAUCAUCUCAAGCACAAGAAGAGGGAUCUAAAGCUCCAGGAACUCAUCAGUCACAUGCGCACGGAAGAAGCCAACAGACUGAAAGAUAAGUUAGCCUCCCAAAAUUUAAAUUCAGUUAAUGCUAACUUAGUCAAAUCGUCUUUUGUGAACAGAGACAGAACGAAGCAGGAAAAAGGGCAUAAAGGGAAAAACUCAGAGAAGAGACAGUUCAAGACUACUGGGGGACAAAUUAAGAAGAAAAGGAACCUGGUGUCUGGGAGUCUGUUGAAUCGGGUCGGGCUUAAAAUUGUACUAGAAGGUGACAAAGUUAUCCUCACCAAAAAUGGAGAUUUUGUUGGUAAGGGGUAUCUGUCUAAUGGUCUAUUUGUGCUAAACACGAUUUCCAUGAAUGCAAAUGCUUCUAGUUCUGCUUACUUGAUUGAAUCUGCUAACUUAUGGCAUGGUAGACUAGAACAUGUGAACUUUGCAUCAAUUAGAAAACUUAGACUUGAGACUCAUUAA